AUGGCGCUACGUCAGCCUGUAGCAAAGACUGUGCGCGAGAACAAAGUCAAAGUUGUCAUUUCGUUUGCCUCCAGUCUCACCUCACGCCUCGAUAAGAUUCAAGACCCCGCGCUGCUUGCAGACCUGCGAAUACACUUACGAAACUUACCACUAACUGUGUCGCCGGCCGUUACCGCAAAGCGCGACGAGCUCGACAGACUCGGCACGGAACUCUGGAACUUGUCUACUCGCCUGCGCCGCCAUGAGCCUGCCCAGAAUGGCAAGACGAGAGAAGACGCGGUCCGAACCAGCAGUAUAAUAUGCAUCUUGCGUUCAUAUGCUUUCCUGUUGCUCGACUCUGCUGGCGGCCAGUUGGUGAAGGGCCGAGAGCGCAAAAUCUGCAUUCGCUUGAUGAAGGUCGCGCUGAAGGCAGCGAAAGCCUGUAUACUGGGGCAAGAGUUGGACAGUGCCAUACAGGUACUCGAGCGAGCUGCGACGUAUGCAGAGAUCCUAGUCAACGCGGGACAACACGAUGGCAGCGACGAGGCCGAUGUUGCAGGACGCUUGCGUAUUGAGUACUUCGCAAUGCGGACUGCUCUUGCCUUCCGUCAAGACCGUCUCGAUAUGGCAGAGCACAUGUUUGUGAAGUGCAAGCAGAUCGGCAGCGCUCUCGCUCCGGAUACCGCAGAAGACCUUGCCGAUCUGUUCUAUGAGAUCGGGAAGCAGGCCUUGUCGAAGCGCAGCUAUGAAGCCGCAGUAAAGUGGCUAGAACGUGCGUGCGAUAUGAUUGAGGAGCAGGACCUCGCCAUGCUCAGUCCUGAGGCUAGUGAACUCAGACUGUGCAUACUUCAAGAUCUUGUCCAGGCGCACAUAAAGCUAGAGACGGCUGAAGCGACUGACAAAGCCUGGCAUCUGGUCAAGCUCAUGGAUACCGACUACGGAGAUAAAAUGGUUGUUUCCUUGCUAAAGAUUGAGCUCUUUUCAGCUGCUGAGCAUGUUGACCAGGCGGAGUACUACGGCGUGCUCUCUCGAAUGAUCCGGAUGAUCGUGCUCAAUGACACCAAUUUCAAGACCUUAAUACACCACAUACACAAGUUGAAAGACCUCAACAACGUAUACGCCUGUAAAGCACUGGACGAGCUGUUAAAGACCAGAUUGAUCAGAGAGGAACAUGGACCAUGGAUUGAGAAAGCUGUCAUUACUCGUACAUGGAUCAGCACGAACGAUGCACACGCUGAGAAUGCCCUUGAUCAGCUGCAACAGAUUUUCGAUAUUCUUGUGCAGGAGUCGAAAUUUUCGCUCUCGGCUCCAGCGGCUCAUGCCACACAGAUGCUACUCUGGAAGAAGGUCGAAGCGGUAGCGGCACAAGAUCAGGAUGACACGGCUGAAGCCUGGUGUCGACUCUGCCUGCACCCUAUACUCGAAAAAGCCGGUGCCCCAAACAAGGUCAAAGUCACAAGGAAGAUGAUACAAUGCGCACUGUCGCGACAAGACUUGGCAGCUGCUCGCGAGGCAUAUUGCAGAAUCCCCGAAAUUGGUCGAGAUGAGCCUGUCACUAGGUACUUAAUGUACAAGGUGAGCGUUAGAAGUGGAGAUAUAGCGUUUGCCGCCGAAUGCAUGGACGUUGUGUGUCGGAGCUCUGUGAAGGAUGCCACACUCCUUUACGCUUGUGUCAUGGAGGCACAGAGUAUCGGUAAUAAGCGACAGGCCAUCAAUGCUCUCGAACGAGUCCUAGACAAGUACGAUUACGCGGCACCCGCUGGUAUUCAUCUGCCUGCACUUCUACGGGUCACACUGAGGCUUCUUCAAUCGGAGUUUAUCGAGGAUGGCGUAGUCGAUAGCGCGAUCCUCGAUCAGCUCUGUACAGUAUUCGAGGGCGCAUUGAAUCAGGCCAGGGCGUCACAGCGUAGACCGAGUACGCCGGAACAACAACUCUUCACUGGACAUGAGCUCGAAUGGUUUUCGAAGAACUCGUACAAUUUUUCGUUAAAACAUUGUGCUGAGAUCCCCCCUCAAAAGCUAGUCAGACUGCUAAAUGUGUGCGCCGAGUUCAUCAACCUCUUGAAAGAACGAGAGCAAUAUCAAUCGAUUGCAGCUGCGGACCUCUGCUUGCGCUCUGCUUUCUGCGAGUUCCUUGCUGCUUGCACAUACACCACGUUGGCCCGAGCUGAAGACAGUCAAGAAGCUUACCUUCAAUACUACUCGGAAGUACGUAAACACUGUCAAACGUUUCGCCGCGCUUCACUUGACGGAGCGAAUGGGCUGAGCGGAGCAGCACAGGACGAUAUUCUGUCAAAGCAGCUGCAAGUUGUAAAGCUUGAAAUUGAGGCAGCUCUCAAGUUGCAAAAGUGGGCCGAUCUAGAGGGUCUCUUUGAGCAGUGUUGGAACUGCAAAAGCUCAGAUCGUUACGAAACGCUUGCAGAUCUGAUACUGGUCAUACACUCAUGUCUGGUACAGGCAGACGUGGAUGCAUCGUACCAAAGUAGGGUGUUAGGGAUGCUACAAAAGAUCAUCAACCUCACAUCUCGACAGAACGGCAACGAUGUCAUAAAAUUAUCACGCUGGCUUCGAUGUCUCUUCAAUCUCACACUUCCUCUUGAUGAGCAAAUCAGCCUCAAAUGUCUCGAUCAGGCCACACAGAUAGCAGCCAAGAAACAGGGGGUACCUAGCGCACCGAUGGCGAUCAUGACGAUCAUGGCGACUCCUCCACCAUCUAGUCCUGUGAAACUCGAAGAUGAUGUAGAAUCAGCUAACGAAGAACUUAAGCAACCCGAUCGCUACCCAAAGACGGAGCUCGAAUGGAUGGCUACUUCAGCCUUUAACCGCGCCAUCGACUACUACGUUGGAGACGAUGACGCAAAAUGCAAGGUGUGGGCCGAGAAGGCCAUGAUAGUUGCGCAGUGGCUCGAAGACGACGGACAGUUACGAGAUCUCCUGAUGGGGAAAUUUGCGGUUUUGCAGCUCGACAAGUGA